AUCCCAGCCCACGCACAGACCCCCAACUUGCGGCUGCCCACCUCGCCCACAACUCUGGCCUCUUACUCACCCUCUACCACAGCCAUGGCUCAGUCGCUAGCUCUGAGCCUCCUUAUCCUGGUUCUGGCCUUUGGCAUCCCCAGGACCCAAGGCAGUGAUGGAGGGGCUCAGGACUGCUGCCUCAGGUACAGCCUAAGGAAGAUUCCCGCCAAGGUUGUCCGUGGCUACCGAAAACAGGAACCAAGCUUAGGCUGCUCCAUCCCAGCUAUCCUAUUCUUGCCCCGCAAGCGCUCUCAGCCAGAGCUAUGUGCAGACCCGAAGGAGCCCUGGGUGCAGCAGCUGAUGCAGCAUCUGGACAAGACACCAGCCCCACGGAAACCACCCCAGAACUGCAGGAAGGACAGGGGGGCCCCCAAGACUGGCAAGAAGGGAAAGGGCUCCAAAGGCUGCAAGAGGACUGAGCAGUCACAGACCCCUAAAGGGCCAUAGCCCAGUGAGCAGCCUGGAGCCCUAGAGACCCUACCAGCCUCACCAGGGCUUGAAGCCUGAACCCAAGAGGCAAGAAGGAGGCUAUGCUCAGGGGCCCCAGAGCAGCCACCCCAUGCUAGCCUUGCCACACUCUUUCUCCUCCUUCAUCAACCCCAUCUGCAUUCCCAGCUCUACCCUGCAUGGCUGCAUUCCCAGCUCUACCCACACCAGGCCAGUCCCAGAGAGGCCAAGGAGGGAGAGUCUCCCAGGGAGCAUGAGAGGAGGCAGCAGGACUGUCCCCUCGAAGGAGAAUCACUGGGACUCUGGACCUGAUCCUGCUCCCCAGUGUACCCCGCCUCUUCCUUAUAAAUACAACUUAUACCAAACUAAAUAAAAAGCUGUUCUGGCCUCCCACCCAA